CCCCGGGGGCGGGAAACUCGAGGAGUGCUGCGAACUCAGCAGUUUUUUAUUUAUUUUUUUCAUGUGACGGAAUGAGGUCAUAAGAAGGCGGGCCCAGUGGGAGCGAGUGGCCGCCGAGGAGAGGUUACAAUGAAGCUUAUAAUUCUACAAAAUUACAAUGAGGCCAGUGAAUGGGCUGCAAAGUACAUUAGGAACAGAAUAAUCCAGUUUAAUCCAGGACCAAAUAAAUAUUUCACUCUUGGACUUCCCACUGGAAGUACCCCAUUAGGGUGUUACAAAAAACUGAUCGAAUAUUGUAAGAAUGGAGAUCUCUCUUUCAAAUAUGUGAAAACCUUCAAUAUGGAUGAGUAUGUAGGUCUUCCAAGGGAACAUCCAGAGAGUUACCAUUCCUUCAUGUGGAAUAACUUCUUCAAGCACAUUGACAUCUCUCCUGAAAACACUCAUAUUCUGGAUGGGAAUGCAGCCGACUUACAGGCAGAGUGUGAUGCCUUUGAAGACAAAAUAAAAGCAGCUGGAGGAAUAGAACUUUUCGUUGGGGGUAUUGGUCCAGAUGGUCAUAUUGCCUUCAAUGAACCAGGGUCAAGCCUGGUAUCCAGAACUAGAGUCAAGACAUUAGCUAUGGACACAAUAUUAGCGAACGCUAGAUUCUUUGAAGGUGAUCUUUCCAAAGUGCCCACAAUGGCUCUCACAGUUGGAGUGGGUACAGUCAUGGAUGCCAGAGAGGUGAUGAUUCUGAUCACAGGAGCCCAUAAAGCAUUUGCAUUAUACAAAGCAAUUGAAGAAGGGGUGAACCACAUGUGGACUGUUUCCGCAUUUCAGCAACAUCCACAAACCAUCUUUAUAUGCGAUGAUGAUGCUACUCUGGAACUUAAAGUAAAAACUGUGAAGUAUUUUCAAGGGUUGAUGCUUGUUCAUAACAAACUAGUGGAACCGCUCUACAGCAUGAAAGAAGUUGGACCAGAAAGUCAAUCUGAAAAAGCCUACAGUGACUAGCUUCUCUGAGCAGCUGGCUAAAUAGAACUUUCUGGUACCACAACAAGAAGUUGGUGGAGAGCAGUCUUUCAAUAUACAAAAUACAGUAUUGGAC